AUGACGGUGCUAACGGGUCCCAGUUUUGCCGCAUAUGGCAGCGGUGGUUGGGCUCGUGGGCCCAGCAAUCAAACGGUGGUCGACAAAGUCCUACCGGAAAUGUUGCACCUAGUUGAUGCCCAUUGGUAUCAAUUCCCACCGAUGAAUCCACUGUGGCACGCAAUCCUUGGUUUUGUUAUUGGCUGUCUGGGUACUGUUUCAGUUAUUGGGAACGGCAUGGUUGUCUUCAUCUUCACCUCGACUAAAAAUUUAAGAACACCCAGCAAUUUAUUGGUAGUCAAUCUUGCUUUUUCAGACUUUUUAAUGAUGUUCUGUAUGGCUCCACCUAUGGUAAUCAAUUGCUUUUAUGAAACAUGGGUCUUUGGUCCACUGAUGUGUCAAUUAUAUGCCUGUGCUGGUUCCCUGUUCGGAUGUACCUCCAUUUGGUCGAUGACAGCGAUUGCAUUUGACAGGUACAAUGUUAUUGUCAAGGGUUUAGCAGCCAAGCCAAUGACUAUUGGCGGAGCAUUACUGCGAAUUUUGGGUAUCUGGCUGUUCUGUCUUGCAUGGACUAUCUUCCCACUUUUCGGAUGGAACAGAUAUGUACCGGAAGGUAACAUGACUGCUUGUGGUACUGACUACAUCACCAAAGAUUGGUUCUCAAGAUCAUACAUCCUCGCGUACUCGAUAUUUGUUUACUACUUGCCACUCUUCCUCAUCAUCUACAGUUACUACUUUAUAAUCUCAGCUGUAACUGCUCAUGAGAAGAAUAUGCGAGAACAGGCUAAGAAAAUGAACGUCGCAUCUCUUCGAUCUUCAGAAAAUCAAAAUCAAAGCGCUGAGUGCAAACUUGCCAAGGUUGCAUUAACAACUAUUUCCCUCUGGUUUAUGGCCUGGACUCCAUACUUGGUAAUUAAUUACGCAGGAAUCUUUGAAACAAUAACUAUCAGUCCACUUUUCACGAUCUGGGGAUCGGUAUUCGCUAAAGCCAAUGCUGUGUACAAUCCAAUUGUCUAUGGUAUCAGUCACCCUAAAUACAGAGCAGCAUUAUUCGCAAGAUUCCCAUCAUUGGCUUGCGCUGAAAAAUCAUCUGACGAUGCUAUUUCCACAGCGACCACUACUACUGAAGGUGAAAAAGCCAACGCGUAA